AUGUUCAACCUUCGUCGCCUUUUUGCGUCGGCCCUGUUCCUUGGGCUCGGCCUCCUCUUCCUCGCCCAGACGGCCGAGGCUGCCAAGGGUCCCAAGAUCACCCACAAGGUCUACUUCGACAUUGAGCAGGGUGACAAGCCUCUCGGCCGCGUCGUCAUGGGUCUCUAUGGCAAGACUGUCCCCGAGACCACUGAGAACUUCCGCGCUCUGGCCACUGGUGAGAAGGGCUUCGGUUACGAGGGCUCUGCUUUCCACCGCGUCAUCAAGAACUUUAUGAUCCAGGGCGGUGACUUCACCAAGGGUGACGGCACUGGUGGCAAGUCCAUCUAUGGCGACCGCUUCAAGGAUGAGAACUUCAAGCUCAAGCACACCAAGAAGGGUCUUCUCUCCAUGGCCAAUGCCGGCCGUGACACCAACGGCUCUCAGUUCUUCAUCACCACCGUUGUCACCUCUUGGCUCGAUGGCAAGCACGUCGUCUUCGGUGAAGUCCUCGAGGGCUACGAGAUUAUCGAGAAGAUUGAGAACAGCAAGACCGGAGCGGCGGACCGACCCGUCGAGGCUGUCAAGAUCGCCAAGAGCGGCGAGCUUGAUGUCCCCCCUGAAGCCUCUGUCCCGUUAGGCCUUGCCGGCACAUCUGAGUUCGCUGCUGAAGAGGUUGCUUCCACUGGAUGGUCUCCUAUGCAGAAGGCUGGCCUCUUCGCCAUCUUUGCUGGUGUCCUCUUUGUUGGUCUCCGCAGCGCCCGACAGCACUCUCGAUUCUAA